GACAGGAAGUGGCGCCAGGCUUGCCGGAAGUGGGUUGCGCCGUGGGGUUGACAUUGUGUGUGCGGGAGGUGCCACGGCUUCGCUCGGCGGAAAGUUGGGGCAGGGAGGAGGGGAGGGGGGCGGCGUCGCACCAUGUCAAUAGCAGCGGAUGCGUUCGUUUCUCAGAUGGCAGCUGCAGAACCUUGGCCUGAAAAUGCAACACUUUACCAACCAUUAAAAGGGGAACAGAUUUUGCUGUCAGACAAUGCUUCGUGCCUUGCUGUUCAGGCAUUUCUGCGGAUGUGCAAUCUGCCGGUCCAGGUGAUUUGUAGGGCAAAUGCAGAGUACAUGUCCCCAUCUGGAAAAGCGCCCUUUAUACAUGUGGGUAAUCAUGUCGUAUCAGAACUUGGCCCUAUUGUGCAAUUUGCAAAAGCCAAGGGUCAUUCACUCACUGAUGGACUGGACGAAAUUCAGAAGGCUGAGAUGAAAGCUUACACAGAACUGGUGAAUAAUAUGCUGUUGACAGCAGAGCUUUACAUACAGUGGUGCGAUGACAGCACUUCGGCACAGAUAACUCGUUCUAGAUAUGGCUCACCGUAUCCUUGGCCUCUAAAUCAUAUCUUGGCCUAUCAGAAGCAAUGGGAAGUAAGACGCAAGAUGAAAGCAAUUGGAUGGGCUGGGAAAACUAUUAAACAGGUACAUGAAGAUGUAGAUCGAUGCUGCCAGGCUCUCUCUCAAAGACUGGGAUCCCAGCCCUAUUUCUUUACCCGACAGCCAACAGAACUGGAUGCACUGGUGUUUGGUCAUUUGUUCACAAUCCUUACAACUCAGUUGACCGAUGAUACACUUGGUGAAAAGGUGAAAAAUUAUGAAAACCUCAUAAAGUUUUGUAGAAGAAUAGAGCAGAACUACUUUGAAGAGCAUGAUCGAGAGAGUGCAUUGAGUUCAGCAUCCAGGUGCUCAAGAGGCUCUUCCACAAAGUAAUUUUUUAAAAAAAAAGCAAAAUAAGUAAAUUAUUGGAAACAAUAAUUAAUAUUGCAUUGUUGCAAACAAUAAAACUGAAGAGUAUUUAACAAGCUGAUGCCAUAUACAGUGUGGUACAAUUGCAGUCUGUUCUUUUGUAACAUUUUAAGUGAAACACUAUACAGGUCUGAUGAUCUAAUUGUUAGUAUGAUGACCCAGUCCUUUGUUUUCUCUUGAAUAUAAAUGUAACAAGCAACUUGAUGGAGCUGUACUGACUUAAAAUAUAUUAAAAAAAAUGCAGAAAAUCUAA